AUGAGAGCCAUACACUCCAUCAUAUUGCAACCCCUGCUAGCAGGCCUUGCUCUUUGUCGUCCUGCCGCGUCAACCAGUUACCUCGAUUGGACGACCUUCAGUGCUGUCGGUGCCAACUUAGGUGGUUGGCUUGAGCAGGAAUCAACCAUUGACACUAAUUGGUGGGCCCAGUACUCUGGAGGUGCUGUGGACGAAUGGGGUCUUUGUGCCUAUCAGGGCACACUAUGUGGACCGAUCCUGGAACGCCGAUAUGCCACUUGGAUCACCACCGCCGACAUUGACAUCCUAGGUGCGGCUGGCGUGAACGUCCUGCGCAUCCCAACUACAUAUGCGGCUUGGGUUUAUGUCCCCGGAUCACAGUUGUAUCAUGGCAACCAACAAUCCUUCCUUUCCAGCAUUUCCUCGUAUGCUAUCAACAAGUAUGGCAUGCACAUCAUUAUCGAUAUCCACUCGCUUCCCGGUGGCGUGAAUGGCUUCCCUUUUGGCGAGGCCGAAGGACAUUACGGCUGGUUCAACAAUCAAACUGCUCUCAAAUAUUCCUUGGAAGCUGUUGAUGCGGCCAUUUCUUUCAUCCAGAAUUCGAACUUUCCAGAGUCGUAUACUUUGGAGCCUAUAAAUGAGCCUGUCGACGUUGAAGAUCUGUCUCUGUUCGGAACACCAUAUUGCCUUACCGAUAAUGGUGCCACAUACUUGGCAAACUAUAUCCAUGAAGUGAUCGCCAAGGUUGAGGCUGUGAACAGUGGCAUCCCAGUGAUGUUCCAAGGCAGUUUCAAGGGUGAAGCAUAUUGGUCUUCCAAUUUCACCGCCGGAACAAAUCUGGUAUUUGACAUUCACAAUUAUUAUUUUGAAGGUCGAGCAGCGAGUUCUAGCAAUGUGACGGGACUUAUCUGCACAGAUGCCAUUAGCUCUGCUGGAGACGGAAAGUUCCCGACAUUUGUGGGCGAGUGGUCCAUCCAGACCGAAAUCGCCAACACACUAGCGUCGCGUGCGAAAAUACUUGAGACUGGCCUUGCUGCAUGGAAAAAGUAUACUCGGGGUAGCGCUUAUUGGACCGCGAAGUUCACAGGGAAUGCCACAGUGGAUGGAGAGGGGACCCAGGCGGAUUAUUGGAAUUACGAGACAUUCAUCGACUUAGGAUACACGAAUUCAGAAUCCGCAGCUGUGUCCUGCUAG